CAGGCAUUCGCAAACGAAGGCAAAGACUCCGCACCAGUCUUCACAGUCCGCAGAGAUACCGCACUUUCAUUCGCACUGCGUAAGAUGAGAGCUACGAAAGUUCACAGAGUAUGGAUUGUCAACGGAAGCUCUGCAGGGCAAGCACCCACCGGCGUCUGUUCUCUCACGGAUGUGAUGAAAUGCCUGGCUGGGAAAUAG